AUGGAAGGUACUGAGGAAAAGAAGCGAAAGUUAGAGGUUGCCCAAACCACUGAAUCGAGCGAUGACGAGCGGUGCCGAACAUUUGUCCUCCAUAAAGAGGACCACACGCUGGGAAACGCUCUUCGCUUUAUGCUGAUUAAGAAUCCAGACGUUGACUUCUGCGGCUACAGCGUGCCCCACCCUUCCGAGGAGAAGAUAAACUUGCGGAUACAGACCAAAGAGAAGCCCGCCACGGAGGUGCUGAAGGAAGCGCUUACCAGCCUCAACCAACUGUGUGAACAUGUGCUGACGACAUUGGACACACAAGUGGACUGGUACAAACAGAGAGCUGUUCACAUGGAGACAGACUGA